GCAGCUAAGAUCUGCAGGCUAGCUCGCCCGCGCCCGCCCCUUUUGAGCUUGAGUAGCAGGGCUUGGAGAGAAAGAACGGUGUCGAGUUGCGACAACGAGAUUGAAAACAGGUUUCGUAAGUUCGCCUGCAUUUUAUCAAGAUUUUACAGAAAGCAUCGCUUGACAGUUACAACUCAAAUUGAUUACGAAUUUAUUUGUGUUUUGGGAAGUUAAACUAUCCAUUAUUUUACUCAGUAGUCUAUGCAGAAGAGAGUGGUAUUUGUUUUUAUUUUGGAGCAAAAACACUUUAGCACACAUAUGUACGGCGUAAGCAUAGCCUAGCCUAGGCUAGGCCGAAAGAAGCCUGGAAAGUCCUAUAUUGUCACUAGUUUAGCCUGUGAGGUUGUUUCAUUUGUUUGCCGCUGGAUUUAUAAAAUUGUAAUUUUAAAAUUCAAAUGCAGUCUGUCCAGCCUAAUAUGUCAAUGUACGCAGGGAGGAGGCGCCGACGGCCUGUCAAAAGGCUGACUGCAACGACUGGUGAAGUAAAAACCAACCCUAGCAAACGUCAUCGAGAUCGUCUAAACACAGAGCUAGAUACGCUGGCUAGCCUCUUACCAUUAGAUGAAGAAACUGUAUCUAAACUUGAUAAGUUAUCAAUAUUGAGACUGUGUGUGAGCUAUCUACGGAACAAGAGCUAUUUUAAAGGUACCCAUUUAUACUCCUGGGUGGAGAGAGACAAACAUAGGUAAAGUGCCUUUGCCGGA